AGAGAGAGAGAGAGAGAGAGAGCAACAAUGUCCACUCCAGUGAGGAAGCCCGGCCGCGACACCGCCGACAUGCUCACUUGGCAAGAAGUCCCCUACUCCCCCGCCACCGCCUCCUCCGCCCAUCGCUCUCACCAGCCGUCGGAUGGGAUCAGCAAGGUGCUCCACGGCGGUCAGAUCACCGAGGAAGAAGCUCUGAGCCUCAACAAGAAGAAGCCUUGCUCGGGUUACAAGAUGAAGGAGAUAACGGGGAGCGGGAUUUUCGCGGGCGAGGGAAAUGCGGAGCCGGAGCAGCAGGCGGGUCGGGUUUACCAGCAGGCGGUCAAUGGGAUCAGUCAAAUCUCGUUCAGCGUGGACGAGCACGUGACUCCGAAGAAGCCGACGAGUAUUCCGGAGGUGGCGAAGCAGAGGGAGCUGAGUGGGACAUUGCAGGCGGAAUUGGACUCCAAGACUCAGAAGGGGGUGUCAAAGUCCAAGACUAGGGAGCUUUGUGGAAAUGACAUCUUUGGCCCUCCACCGGAGAUUGUUCCGCGAUCGGUCAAUGCUGUUGAGACACAUGAGUUUAAGUACAGUCCCAAGGAUUCCGGCGAGCCGGCGGCCAGAAAUGUUCGGACCUCUGUCAAAGUUUCCAAUCCUGCUGGAGGUCAGAGUAAACUCUUGUUCGCUGAGGAUCCUGUUGUCAAGACUUCCAAGAAAAUUCAUAACCAGAAGUUUGCAGAGCUGACAGGCAAUGACAUAUUUAAGGGAGAUGUUUCUCCAGGAUCUGCUGAAAAGCCAAUAAGCACAGCUAAGAUGAGAGAAAUGAGUGGCAGCAACAUCUUUGCUGAUGGGAAGGCGGCAUCAAGAGACUAUCUAGGUGGUGUCCGCAAGCCCCCUGGUGGUGAGAGCAGCAUAUCAUUGGUUUAAGUCAUCAUAAUCUCUAACUGGCCACUUCCCUCUAUUUCAAAUAAAGUGUAUCUCAGAGCGAACUCCGCUUUUGACAUGUAAAACCCUUGCAUGCCCUUGUGAUGAUCAGCAUCCUGAGUUUUGAAGCGGUAGUAGUCAUAUAUUUAUAGAUCAGUAGUGUGAAACUUGUAGACAGAAAAGCAUGAGGUUUAAUCAGGUUAUUACAAGUUUCUUGUAUCAGUUUCAAGUAUCUGUUUACUAAUUACUUGAUCAUGGACCAAUUUCUUUAUAUAUUAGCUUUCUAAUUUAUGCCA